AUGUCUGACAAGAAGGACCAGAUCACCCUCGUGACCUCGGACGAGGAGACGUUCAACGUCGACAAGAAGGUUGCCGAGCGCUCCAACCUCAUCAAGCAGAUGAUUGAGGGUGAGUUCACUGCCUCGAGCGUCCUCGUCAAGGUCCUCGAGUACUGCGACCACCACCAGAACGACCCCCUGCCGCCCUCGGACUCGAAUGACGCCGACGACGCCCGCCGCAAGGCUACCGAGAUCUCCGAGUGGGACGCCAAGUUCAUCCAGGAGAUGCUCUUCGAGAUCAUCCUCGCCGCCAACUACCUCGACAUCAAGCCCCUCCUUGACGUCGGAUGCAAGACUGUCGCCAACAUGAUCAAGGGCAAGACGCCCGAGGAGAUCCGCAAGCUCUUCAACAUCGUCAACGACUUCACUCCCGAGGAGGAGGAGCAGAUCCGCAAGGAGAACGAGUGGGCCGAGGAGUAA